AUGAAAUACGGGAUAUUUUUGUUACUUCUAUUCAGAGUUAAUUGCGAAAGCAUAAUAACCUCGAUCAAAAAUUAUACGAAUGGAAUAAUAUAAUCUUAAGUGACAUAAUAAAAUUUAAUGGAAUUAGCCCCUCUAUUUUUGCCUUUGGGAAUCAUAUUUAUCAUUUUAUUUUAGUUGAUAAAAUAUUGUUUCAGAAGACAAAUAUUGUAUGACUAAUUACCUUAAAGUGAACAAUAGGCGAGCAAAAAUCGCAGCAAGAAAAUAAAAAUUCCUAUAACACAUAAAUUACAAUUGAUUUUAAUGAGAUACUAUUGCUAAUUGAUGAGGUUAUUGACUAUGUGA